GCCUUCCUUCCGCGUCCCCAUAGCGCCCCACCUUCCCCUCCCUCCCUCCGUCACGCCUUUCUCCCCCUCCCCCGACUCCUGCCGGAAUUCGAGAUCCCGGAGCGAGCCUCCCACGCGCGUCCCCGCUCCCAUCACCGGAUCAAGCCGCCGUGCUCUCACCGGGAUCCUCGGCAGGAGCCCAGCCAGACCAAGCCCGAUUCGCCGCGCGCGCGGCGCCCAGGCCGUGCCAGAUCUGCGAGAUCCGCACCGACACCAACGCGCCUUCUCCGAGGUGCAUGCUCUCGUGAUCUCUCGGGGGCCGCAGGGACCGAGCUGCAUCUCGGCGGCGGCGUGACCUGCGUAGCUGGUGGUCUGCGGAGAUGCAGCGGAACGGGGUGGUCGAAUGCAGCGUGUGCCACUCCCGGCUGGUGGUGCCGAGCCCGCGGAGCGUGUCCAGGGCCUACGACAAGCACCGCAGCAAGAUAUCGUCCAAGUUCCGCGCGCGAAACGUCCUUCUCGUCGUCGGCGACUGCAUCCUCGUCGGCCUCCAGCCCAUCCUAGUGUUCAUGUCAAAGGUUGAUGGGAAGUUUCAGUUCAGUCCCAUCAGUGUUAACUUUCUGACGGAGGUUAUGAAAGUUAUUUUUGCUAUCGUCAUGCUAAUAAUUCAGUCUAGAAAGCAAAAGGUUGGAGAAAAGCCACUUCUGGCACGCUCAACCUUCAUACAGGCAGCCCGUAACAAUGCACUUCUAGCUGUUCCUGCUCUUCUAUAUGCCAUCAAUAAUUACCUAAAAUUUAUCAUGCAGUUGUACUUCAAUCCUUCAACUGUAAAAAUGCUAAGCAACCUAAAGGUACUGGUUAUAGCUGUUCUUCUGAAAUUUAUAAUGAGGAGGAGAUUCUCUGUAAUUCAGUGGGAAGCUCUUGCUUUAUUGCUUAUCGGAAUCAGCAUCAAUCAACUUCGGACUGUACCUGCAGGCAAUACCACGUUUGGUCUUCCUGUCACUGCUAUUGCGUACAUAUAUACAUUGAUUUUUGUAACUGUUCCAUCAAUGGCUUCUGUCUACAAUGAAUAUGCCUUGAAAAGCCAAUAUGAUACUAGCAUUUAUCUCCAGAACUUGUUUCUGUACGGAUAUGGCGCAAUAUUCAACUUCCUUGGCAUCCUUGGGACUGCCUUAUUCCAAGGGCCAGAGAGUUUUAAUAUCCUUCGAGGACACUCAAGGGCUACAAUGUUUCUCAUAUGUAACAAUGCUGCACAAGGCAUCCUCUCAUCUUUCUUCUUUAAGUAUGCAGACACAAUUUUGAAGAAGUAUUCAUCAACUGUCGCCACAAUUUUUACUGGCCUAGCUUCUGCUGCAUUUUUGGGACAUAAGUUGACCAUUAAUUUUCUCCUGGGCAUAUCAGUGGUGUUUAUUUCUAUGCACCAGUUCUUCUCUCCAAUGGCUAAAGUCAAAGAUGACAAACCAACUGAAUUAAUAGAGUUGGAAGAUACACAAAAUCAACGGUCACCCGAAUCUUCUUUUGUAAAUAUGACUGCUGGUGCCGCUGAUGAUGCGAGCCAUCGGAUUGGAGCUGAAGAGAGGCAGCCGCUGCUGCCAACAUAAACUUAUUUUUGAGGUAGGAUAGAAGACUUUCUUUUUUGCCGUGUGAGCAGCAGAUUUCAUGUAGCAUUACGAGUGGAAUAAACUAUUGUACGUACACUGUAAAGGCAAAGAAAGAAGUUUCAACAUGUUUUCCAUUUUAUUUCAUUUUUUGGGAUGAGGCGGGUGGCCAGCUGUGGCUUGUGGGAGUGGCACACCGACAUAUAUUUUGAUAGACAUAUAAUUCAAUAGGGAGUCACAGAUAUCAUACUUGUAACCAAAAAUUUUCCUGGAGCUGUAUACUGAGCAGUGCCAAUGAGAUUCUUUUUGUGCGGAACUUUUUGGAUGUUGGUUAAUGUUAAAAUUGUUGCCAGAUUC